AUGUCGACUGACAAGAUUACGUUCCUCUUGAAUUGGCAUGCAACGCCGUACCAUGCGCCCAUCUUCCUCGCUCAGUCGAAGGGUUACUUCGCCGAAGAAGGUAUCAAAGUCGCUAUAAUCGAACCGAACGACCCUUCCGACGUGACCGAAAUCAUCGGCUCAGGAAAGAUCGACAUGGGCGCCAAAGCCAUGAUCCACACUAUCGCCGGCGCCGCUCGUGGCUUCCCCAUCCGCUCCGUAGGAACUUUGAUGGACCCUUUCACCGGAGUCAUAUACCUUGAGGGAUCGGGCGUGACCUCCGACUUCCGUAGCCUCAAGGGCAAGCGCAUCGGAUACGUUGGUGAAUUCGGAAAGGUCCAGAUCGACGAGCUCACUAGGUAUUAUGGUAUGAAACCGAGCGACUACCAGGCUAUCCGAGUCGGCAUGAAUGUGUCCCAAGCCAUCAUCAACGGGAGCAUUGAUGCUGGGAUAGGCUUAGAGAACGUUCAGCAAUGCGAGCUCGAGGAGUGGCUGAAGGAACGGGGCCGCCCUCCUAGCGAUGUAAAGAUGCUGCGAAUCGAUCAGCUGGCCGAACUGGGUUGCUGCUGCUUCUGUUCCAUCCUAUACAUCGCCAAUGAGCCCUUCCUCAAGGCAAACCCAGAGAAAGUCAAGGCGUUCAUGCGUGCAGUGAAAAAGGCUGCCGACUACCUCUUCGCCCAGCCAGCCCAAGCCUGGGAGGAGUACAAGUUGUUCAAGAAGUCGAUGAACACGCCGCUGAAUGCGAAGAUUUUCGAGCGUAGCUUCACCUACAUGUCAAUGGAUUGUGCCAACGUGCCUCGCGACUGGCAUAAGGUCACCAAUUAUUGUAAGCGCCUCGGUGUGGUUGGGCAAGAGUUUGAGCCGAACUACUCCAACGACUAUCUGUCUUGGCCGCGUAACCCGGACGUUGCGGACCCCGACGAGAACCAGCGUAUCGUCGCGGCUAAACAGGAGGAAGUUAAGGCUAAGGGAGGAGUGCUGAGUGGCGCACCCGCUAUCAAUAUUUCGGCUGCGAGCCCGGCCGUCGCAGUGGCUGCUUGA